CUUUCCUUUCGGGAAUGCCGGUCUUGUCUCUCUCCCACUCGUCCGCUCGACACCUCCCUCUUGGUCUUCCCCCCAGUCAGAUGAUCCCACCACGUUGGUCGUGCCCGUCAGCGAUCCGGGCAUUCCUUCCGACCAGUUUAAUGAAAAACUUUCUCGCGACGGAUCGUUCUCACUUCUGUCCGAAUCGCUCUCUCCGUCCAUGUCAUGCUGAUACGUGGAGGCUCCACGUCCCAUUCCCACGCUCUCUUCUGUGGCAGUCGGGUCGCGCGACGGUUGGAGAGGGAAUAUGGAAGGGGAAGCCAAGAUAUUUUGCCUUUCCACACGGGAGUGUGCUGCGGGAGCGAAGAUGUUUUGCCUUUCCACACGGGAGUGUGCUACGGGAUUCGAGUCAUUUGAUAUCGAAUAAGACGUUUCUGAUCCUUUUAGCUUUGCUUGAAAAUCCACCGAGGUCCGAAAAAAAAACUAAAAACUUACCUGGUUCUUCUGUCACUAUGUCGAGCUCAAAGUUUCCCAAACACUCCUUUUCCGCCUCGACUCGAGUGGGUACUGGAACUUGCUCGACCUCGUCAUCUACCAAACCCUCCUCCUCGUGGUGGGCCUGGCUCGAGAAGACGGGUAAUGGAAACACCAUUCGGACUCGCUUCUCCCUCCUGAGCCACAUCCGCUUUAUCCUCUGGCCUAAUGAUAUCCAACUCGGUCUCAUCCUCCAGAGCCACGUUGGCUAUAUGAUCACCCUUCAGAGCCACAUCGAACAAGACUUGAUCAAUCUCCAACCGCAUCACCUCACCCAUUCGCUCGAAAGCUGCGACCAGGCCAGUUUUCAAACGUUCAAGUUGCAAUUCGGUUGCUCCGGAUUUCCGACAUAAUAUCUAUUCCCCCCCGUCAGCACGUGAAUAAACGAUACAAAACACUCGGACUCACCGUCAAAUCUGUUGACCAAGUGUGGGAAAUGUCAUUUUCCCAUCUAUCAAACAACCUUUCUUUCUCACCUGACAUCAAAGCCAACCAAGGUACACUGUACAACAGAGCUUGGACGCGUUCACCAGAAGGGAUGUAAGUGUCAUCUGGAGUCAAGAAAGAACUGGAUGUCCAAUCGUUGAUCAUUUUUGAUGUUUGGUUCUGUUGACGGUCAAAGAGUGGUAGUAGUAGUGGUUCUAGUUGUAGUGUAGUGGUUCUAGUUGUAGUGUAGUGGUAGUAGUCGUAGUAGUAGUCGUAGUCGCAGUUGUAGCAGUGGUCGUAGUCGCAGUUGUCGCAGUUGCAGUAGCAGUGUUGAUAAAACCUUGACGGGG